UUCGCUUUCCUUACUUUAUUUCCCAUAAUGCACUGAUGCGUAAUCGUACGGCAUAGAUGCAUUUUUUUUUGGUCAAAUUCUGCAUAGUUUAAACACUUCAUGUCACACUUCACCACACGAGGAUAUCAAUUAAAUUAAAAUGGAAGACGACAAUCGACUUAAAAAGCGAUCCCAUGGAGAUGAUGACAGUUCUGACUCAAAGGGUUCGGAGGAUGAUGACUAUGUUCCCUAUGUUCCAGUCAAAAUCAGAAAACAACAAAUGGUUCAGAAGAUGUUACGCCUGCGUGGUAAAGCGGUGGAUGACGAGCACAGAGACAGCGGAGAGGAGCAAAGGGAUGAGGAUGAAGGACUUGGUCCACGCUCCAAUGUCAGUCUCUUGGACCAGCAUCAGCACCUCAAGGAAAAAGCAGAAGCACGUAAAGAGUCAGCCAAGGAGAAGCAACUGAAAGAGGAAGAGAAGAUUCUUGAAAGUGUCGCAGAGGGAAGAGCUUUGAUGUCUGUGAAGGAAAUGGCCAAGGGUAUCAUAUAUGAUGAUCCAAUCAAAACAAGCUGGAAGGCUCCUCGGUACAUCCUGAAUAUGCCAGAGACCAGAAAUGAGCGUGUCAGGAAGAAGUUUCACAUCCUGGUUGACGGAGACGGCAUCCCUCCUCCAAUAAAAAGCUUCAGAGAGAUGAAGUUACCCCCAGCUAUUCUAAAAGGUUUGAAGAAGAAAGGAAUCGUACAUCCGACGCCGAUUCAAAUUCAAGGAAUCCCGACAGUUCUGUCAGGUCGUGACAUGAUCGGCAUCGCCUUCACUGGCUCGGGCAAAACGUUGGUCUUCACGUUGCCCAUCAUCAUGUUUUCUCUGGAGCAGGAGAAGAGGCUGCCCUUCUUUAAGAGAGAGGGUCCAUAUGGACUCAUCAUCUGUCCUUCACGAGAGCUCGCAAGACAGACACACGGCAUCAUUGAAUACUAUUGCAAGUUGCUAGAGGAGGAGGGAGCCCCUCAGCUUCGAACGGCUCUCUGCAUCGGAGGGAUGUCCGUCAAGGAGCAAAUGGAGGUUGUGAAACAUGGUGUGCACAUGAUGGUCGCCACACCCGGUCGUCUCAUGGACUUGUUACAGAAGAAGAUGGUGAGUCUGGACAUCUGUCGCUACUUGUCAUUAGAUGAGGCUGACAGGAUGAUUGACAUGGGCUUUGAGGAGGACAUCAGGACCAUCUUUUCCUAUUUCAAGGGUCAAAGGCAAACCUUGCUUUUCAGUGCAACCAUGCCCAAGAAGAUCCAGAAUUUUGCCAAGAGUGCUCUGGUCAAACCCAUCACAAUUAACGUGGGUAGAGCCGGCGCUGCCAGCUUGGAUGUCAUACAGGAAGUGGAAUACGUCAAAGAGGAGGCAAAGAUGGUGUAUCUGUUAGAGUGUCUGCAGAAAACGACACCUCCUGUUUUGAUAUUUGCUGAGAAAAAAGCUGAUGUAGAUGCCAUCCAUGAGUAUCUGCUACUGAAAGGUGUGGAGGCUGUGGCCAUCCAUGGAGGAAAAGACCAAGAGGAAAGAACAAAAGCCAUAGAAGCAUUCAAAGAAGGCAAGAAAGACGUCCUCGUGGCCACAGAUGUGGCCUCCAAGGGUUUGGAUUUCCCAGCCAUCCAGCAUGUAGUCAACUAUGACAUGCCUGAGGAGAUUGAAAACUAUGUCCACAGAAUUGGAAGAACAGGACGAUCUGGUCAAACUGGUAUCGCUACAACAUUCAUCAAUAAAGGCUGUGAUGAGUCAGUGUUGAUGGAUUUGAAGGCCCUUCUCAUUGAAGCUAAGCAAAAAGUCCCACCAGUACUCCAAGUGCUCCAGUCAGGAGAUGAAACCAUGCUUGAUAUUGGAGGGGAGAGGGGCUGUACAUUUUGUGGUGGUCUCGGUCAUCGUAUUACGGACUGUCCCAAGUUGGAGGCCAUGCAGACCAAGCAGGUCACCAAUAUCGGGCGGAAAGAUUACUUGGCUCAUAGCUCUAUGGACUUCUAAGUGUCUUUGUGAAAAGAAGGAUUCUCCACCAAAAACUGAGGUUCUGUUCUGUGUCCUGAUGUGUGUGUGUUUGUGCUACCAGCCAUACCAGGAAGUCGAUCUGAACCUUCAGCCCAGCUCUGUCGUCAUUUUUUCAACGUCAAGACUUUGUAACAUAUUUUACACACUGCUGAUUGUAAAUAAAUUUACCGUAUCUUUUUUGAGAAAACAAA